UCCUGCCUGCGACGAGCUGGUGAGCAUCAGCAGCAGCAGCAGCAGCAGCAACAUCCCCGACACCGAGUGAAUGUCCAGUUUCAUCUCAUGGGCGUCUUCCUCUCUGGUGGAGCCGCAGCAAAUAGAAUCCAGGAGCUGCAGAUGGAUCCGCAGGGAGACACCCGGGUGGAGAUCACUCUGGAGAACGUGGAGUCGGCUCUCUACCAGCUCUACUUUGAUCCAGAUAUGGAGCACAAGAAUUUGGCCCAGAAGUGGCUGACCCACGCUCAGGCGUCGACCCAGGCAUGGCAGUUCUGCUGGGCCCUGCUCAGCCCUGACAAGCUGCCUGAGGUUCAGUUUUUCGGAGCCAGCACCCUCCACACCAAAAUCUCCCGUCACUGGAGCGACCUUCCAUCCACCGAGCAUGAGAACCUCAGAAUGCAGCUCCUCUCAAACAUUUUGCACUUCUCUUCCGGCCCUAAGAUGCUGUUGACGCGGCUGUGCGUGGCGCUGGCUUCCAUGGCUCUGAACUUGAUCCCCCAGGCUUGGUCCCACCCUGUGGCGGACAUUGUACAAGCCUUCCAACCACACAAACUGACCCGUGAGGGCGCAGAGGCUUCGCCAGACCCACAUGUUCACUGCCUGGCCCUGCUGGAGCUCCUCAUCGUGCUUCCAGAGGAGUUUCAGAGCAGCCGGCUGACUCAGGCGCGGCGCGCGCAGUUACGGGGAGCCCUGGCUGGAGAGUGGACAUCAGUGUGUCCGAUGCUUUGCCAGCUGCUACAGAGCCAAGACUCAUCCACCCAGGUCAAAGAGAAGGUGCUCCGAUGCUUAUCAAGCUGGGUGGGUCUGGACGUACCGCUAGGGGAAAGCCACGAGCUGGUCCAGGACUGCUUCGCUGCGCUGUCCAACGCUGAGCUGUUCGAGACAGCGGUCGAGACGAUAGUUACUACCAUCUCCCAGCCGGACUGCCACAGGUAUGUGGAAGCCCUGCUGGGUUUGUUGCCUCUGGUGCUGGGCCUCCACGAGCAGCUGAAGAAAGCAGUUCAGGACGGAGACAUGGAGACAUCACAUGGCAUCUGUCGCGUGUGUGUGGCCAUGGGGGAAACACACUCCAGAGUAUUGCUGGAGCAGGUGGAGCACUGGCAGGAGUACUUGGCUCUGGUGAACAUGAUUCUGUUUUGCACUGGCAUCCCAGGGUACUACCCAGUCAACGAGACCACCAGCUCACUCACGCUCACUUUCUGGUACACGCUGCAGGAUGACAUCCUCUCAUUCGAGGAAGAGAAGCAGACCGUGUACCUGCAGGUCUACAGGCCUGUUUACUUCCAACUGGUGGAGGUGUUGCUGCAGAAGUCUCACUACCCCUCUGAGGAAGAGUUCGCCUCCUGGUCCUCGGAUGACAAGGAGCAGUUCAGGAUAUACAGAGUGGACAUCUCUGACACCCUAAUGUACGUGUACGAGAUGCUGGGCUCUGAGCUUCUCAGUAAUCUCUAUGACCGACUGGGGAGGCAGCUGAUGGACCCCCAGCAGGCGUCUGCGUGGCAGGACAUUGAAGCCUUACUGUUCGGGUUCCAGUCCAUCGCCGAGACCAUCGACGUCAACUAUUCAGACGUCAUCCCCGGCCUCAUCGGCCUGAUCCCGCGGAUCAACAUCAGCAACGUGAUGCUGGCCGACACCGUCAUGUACACUAUCGGGUCUCUGGCGGAGUGGCUGUCGGACCACCCCGUGAUGCUGGGCAGCAUGUUACCGAUGGUGCUCCAGGGUCUGUCCAAGCCCGAACUGUCCGUCUCCAGCAUCUCCACUCUCAAGAGGAUCUGCCGGGAGUGUCGCCCGGACCUCAGCCCUUACGCCCAGAAUAUCCUCGCCGUGUCCCAGGACGUGCUGGUGAAAGAGAUCCACAAGAGCAGCCAGUGCAUGUGGCUGAUGCAGGCUCUGGGCUUCUUGCUGUCAGCACUUCCAGCGGAGGAGAUUUUGGGAAGCUUAACUUCACUCAUCAGCCCACAUGUUCAACAUCUCGACUCACUGGCUCAGCAGGACCCUGACGCCACUAACAAACAGCCGAUCAUCCACAUCCUGGGAAUGUUGUCCAGCCUCUUCACCACCCUGGACAUCAACAGGCAGACGGACAGCUUCGACGGAGCAGAACCAACCCCGCCACAGGCGGCACACAACCCAGUCAUAGUCGUGCUGCAGCAGGUGUUCACGCUGAUUCAGACCAUACUGAAUAAGUGGCUGCACGACUCUGAGGUAGUGGAGGCUGUGUGCGGGGUCUUCGACAAGUCAGUGAGGACCCUGCUCCACGACUUCGGACCCAUGGUGGCUCAGCUGAGUGAGAUGCUGGGUCAGAUCUACAGCACCUUCCCUCAAUCCUCCGCUCUGGAUUUGGCCUGUCAGCUGGUCCAUAUCUUCGCCGGGGAAGAGCAACAUGUUUCCGCAAUCAAACGGCUGAUGGAGGUUUUGACUGCGGCGACACUUGACAUAUUUCAGCAAGGUCCAAGAGAACACCCUGAUAUCGCCGAGUCCUUCAUGUACCUUCACGCUCAGAUACUCAAGAGGAAGCCUGACUGGUACCUGUCUGACCAAAUAGACGUUAAAACUCUCUUCUUCUGCGGAAUCAUGUCUCUCAAAUUCCCAGAGGCUCCCACUGUCAAAGCUGCCGGCCUCUUCUUUACUCAGCUGCUACCUCGGUGUAAAGACGGAUCUUUGAGCGACGUGCUGCAGCAGAGUGGAAAGAUACUGACGGAGGCGAUUCUGCAGGCGGUUGGUGGCGGGUCUCCUCGCAGUCUCACUGAACAUUUUGCGGACGUUCUGCUGAGUCUGAACCGGUGCCACCCUGUCCUGCUCAGUCAGUGGCUGACAGAGACCCUGGAGACCCCGGGGUUCCCCUCAGCCCACGUUACUCCAGAGCAGAAGCACAACUUCAGUCAGCAGCUGCUCAGGGAGCAAACGAAUAAGCGCCACAUGAAGGAGCUGGUGAAGGAGUUCUCUCUGCUGUGUCGGGGUCUACAGGGGUCAGGACACUCUGAGUUCUAGAAUCUGCAGAUUUGAGCCACAUUUUUU